CUGAACGACCUGCGCGAGAACACAGAGUUUUCCGACCACGAGCUCCAGGAGUGGUACCGAGGCUUCCUCAAAGACUGCCCAACGGGCCACCUGACAGUCGAAGAGUUCAAGAAGAUCUACGCCAACUUCUUCCCGUAUGGCGACGCUUCCAAGUUUGCUGAGCAUGUCUUCCGGACGUUCGACACCAACGGCGACACCACCAUCGACUUCCGGGAAUUCAUCAUCGCGCUGAGUGUCACAUCGCGCGGCGGCCUGGAGCAGAAGCUGCGCUGGGCCUUCAGCAUGUAUGACCUGGAUGGGAAUGGCUACAUCAGCCGGGCUGAGAUGCUGGAGAUCGUACAGGUGAGUUGAGAUGAGAAUGAGUUGGUUCUGGUGGUUCAAUGGAUUAGACUCAGAGCAUGGUUCAGGCAUCAUCAGGGGUUCGAUUCCUGCAUGGACCACAUACUAAGAAUAUGUAUCACUGUGGAUAGUUCACAGUUCUGUAAGUUUCUUGGGAUAAAAGUGUCUGCUAACUUCCUGUGGUGGAUUUUACAGGUGGAUUUAGUCAGAACACCCUCCAAUAUGUUAUCUGCUCACUUCAGCGUCCUAUUUAUUACUUGACUUUGUGUUUUAUCUAAUGAAUGAUAUGUUCUUUAUUACUCACGUCCAUGAUAUCGUAAACAUAUUUUCACCAUGGACAUUGGCUGCUGCUCGUUCUAUUUAUAUUUCCCUUAAUCAACAUGGUCAUAUUUGCUCUCCCCACAACCGUGGCCUGAGCAGCAUGUCCCGUAUCAGUGUUGGCUCAGGCGAUUGUGUGUGGUGGUGAUACAAGCGUACCUGAAUAAACAAAUGAUCUUGUUAAAGUCCUCAGACCAUGUUCCCGUCUCAUUGGUGUUUGGCUCAAAUGCCUUGUUUUUUUUAUAAAGCCAGAGACCCCGUGAUGAUUUUUCCAGGUGGUAAUCUGACUGCAUAGGUCACCAGGAGAAUAGUUCCAUUCUGACAGAGAAUAUUGUAUUAUUUGUUAAAGGCACUAUUUGGAAGUUACCUUUUUGCUUAAUGGUCAUUAAUGGUAGACUGUAUACACAUUGAAGAAUGUUACUUCUAAAUGCCUUAUGAGCUUAGUGCAACCCUCUUACCCAAGGUCAAUUCUUCUUCCUUCUGCAGGCGAUUUACAAGAUGGUGUCUUCAGUGAUGAAGAUGCCAGAAGAUGAGUCGACGCCAGAGAAACGGACCGAUAAGAUCUUCAGACAGAUGGAUGUAGACAAUGAUGGUGAGUCUUGUUUGUUUUUAAACCUCUCAUUCUACUUAUUAUAGUGACAUAAGUAUUUACGGUACUUUACAUUCCAGCUCGGUAAUAACCGGGUAAGAACUAUGUAAUUACCAUUAGUAGUUACCAUGUUGUUUCAACCAAUCCUUUCCUGACAUCCCAACCUGCCCAUGGUUGUUAUCUGGAAAUAGAGACUGUAGUUUCUAUGUAAUAACGCUGAAUCAGUGCUGGAAAAUGUAUCAUUACCUGUUUCUCUUUAGUUAAACCGUUAUAUCCCUUCCCCAGAACAAACAUAACAUAACAGUGAUAUAUGUCCUUGUAAAGUGACACAAAAUUGCUAUGAGAUGACAAACAAAGCACAGUUUACAAUCAGGGCCUGGUUUCCCAAAAGCAUCUUAAGGCUAAGUUCAUCUUAGAACCAUAGCAUCCUAUGGUUCUAACGAUGAACUUAGCCAUAAGAUGCUUUUGGGAAACCGGGCCCUUGGAAUUCUGAGUUGGAUGACCGUUCAAAACUAUUUUUCCAAGUCGGAGCUCGUUGUUUUUCCAAGUUCCCAGUUGUGGUGAAUGCACUGAAGUCAGAAGUAAUAGAUUUCCGAGUUCCGAGCUCCUAGUUGUUUUGAAUGUGGCAUUACCUAUUUACGCGACGAGUGCUCUAAUGUAUUUUUGUUUAAACAGUGUCGCUAGAACACGUUUAUGUACAUUUCAAAAAUGUUGUUGUGAUAUUAGCGAAUUAGAGGUAAUGUAAGGGAUAAUCAACAAGGGGCUAUGCAUUCUCUGGAAAAUAAUGAACAACGUGGAAAUUGUGUUCCACAGAGUUGCAUUAUUUUCCAGAGAAUGCAUAGAGCCUGGAGUUGAUUAUCCCUUUUAUAAUAGGCUAUAAUUUAACACAUUUAUCGCUAGAAAUGUGUUCAUUUGUAGGUAUAAAUGUGUUCAACAUCCACUGAAGUAGCUAGCAAGUUUACUUGAUAGCAACAGUAGCUAGUUGCCAUGGUAACCAAACAAACAGACUUGAUAGUUUAUCUAAUUAAACCAUCAGUCCUAGCUUGCUAAUAUGAAAAUUGAAUUCAGCUAUGCCAAUAAUGUUUUCAAUUCGACUUUUGGUUUCAAAAGCAGCUUAAACAUAAAACAUGUAAGAACUAUAGCCAUUGACAAAUUUGAGUAAUCAAGGUGACAGACAGUGACACAUUCAAUACCACCUUGCACACUCUGUUUGCUUCCAUUUAAGAAACGCUUUUCAACAGAAUCGGCAGAAUGAAUACACCCCUGAUCAUACACAAAAACACUUUCAUAGAAGCCACAUACAAACAGCAUGAUCACUUUGCUCAUUCUAUAAUUCCUUCUCGCAUCUAUGCGCUCUGCUCCUCUCACCUUUUCCCUUCGCUUGUGGACUUCAGUGCACAACACAUCAGCUGUCUUUGACCAGGCGAAAAAAUAAGUUCCAAGCCAAACCUUCAUAUCAUAACCGCUAAUCGCUACACACAGCCAUAUUAGCUAACGUCAUAGUCAACAUAGCUACUAGAGCUAACACGUUAGUAAACCCGCUACAAUCAUGCAGUAAAGUGUACAGUCAGCAAGUGUUACACGCCUCGGACUGACACGUGGUCAGCAGAUAAUAAACCUGAAUUAACAGGAUAAAAUGAUGAGACGGAGAAACGUUAGUGGUGUUCAGUAGUAGGCCUUCUCCAAGAUUGAAGAUCUCACUAACGCUCCCAUUUGAUGUCACAGCUCCCCCUAGUGGGAGUAAUCAUAUACAUUAAUUUAAAUACAAAUAUCUAGGAGGCCUAGAAAAUGAUACAGGGGAUGGCCCAAUAAAAUAAGCAACAAAAUAAAACAUUAACAAAUAUGACCAUACAUAUUUGUGUGUGUCACACGCUCCCUGACAAAAAGAAAAUGGCUUGUGACAUUUAAGCCUUAUUUACAUUUCAAGUAUAAGUGCAUCACUUUAGAUUAUUUCUUGCUUUCCUAAUACACGUAAGUGGGAAUAUGGUAAGGCACUAGUGUGGAGUAAGGUAGGGUUUGGUAGGGCUGUGCAAUGUGGUAAGGUGUAAUUACCCAGACUGUAGUAAGUGGUACCCCAUAAACCUCUACAGUGUUGAUUGUGGUGUGUGGCUGGUAGGAUGGCUGACCUAGCGUCCGAUAAGUGAAUAUCUGUGCAGGCUUUCUUUCACGUGUGGGCCUCCUAGCCUGUUCAACCAGAUUGUUAACUAGUGGGGGGUUCACUAUGUGCAUGACACAAGUAAUUUUUCCAACAAUUGUUUACAGACAGAUUAUUUCACUUAUAAUUCACUGUCAUCAGCCAAGACUAUGUAAACUUCCCGACUUCAACUGUAUAAUGUCCUUUCCCAGUAUGACCUUAACUUUCAAGGACCACCUCUCUCGCUCAAAUUUCGUAUGAGGACUCUGUCACCGGGUUGCAGAACCACUCACCUCAAGUGACGGUCGUAGUACUUUUUGCCUCUUGCACUUGCCUGUUUGCUGUUCUCGGACGCAAUUCUGUAUGCUUCGGGCAUUCUUUCAGCCCACUUUUCAGCAUAACAUCUAGGUGUGCGUGACUCCUCUCCUGUUGCCAGGCCAAACAGAAAGUCUACAGUUAGGCGUGGGUGGCGACCAUAUAGUAAGUAGAAAGGUGAGUAUCCAGUCGCUUCAUGUCUGGUGCAGUUGUAGGCAUGGAUGACUUGUGGAAGAUGCUCUUUCCACCUGUCCUUCUGCUUUUCCUCAAGUGUUCUCAGUAUCUGAAGUAGAGUCCUAUUGAAUCUUUCGCCCGGGUUACCCUGAGGGUGAUAGGGAGAUGUCCUUGAGUGACCCACUCCUGUCAUUUGCAGCAGUGUUUUGAAGAGUUUGUUCUUAAACUAUCAACUUUGAUCGUGGUGUAACUUGGAGGGGUAUCCAAACCUUGGGAUGAAGUUAUUGAAUAUAUUUUCGGCUGCUGUUCUUCCGGACUUGUUCUUGGUCGGAUAUGCUUGUGCAAAUCUUGUGAAAUGGUCUAUUAGGACCAGUAUGUACUCGAAGCCUCCUCUGCUGGCCUCCAGAUGCAUGUAGUUGAUAGAGACUAGCUCUAAGGGUGAACUUGUGGUGAUGCUGCCUAUCGGUGCUCUUACAUGUGUGACUGGCUUCUUUUGCUUGAUACAACAGCAGCGUCUGGUUACAUAUUCCUCAUUGGCUCUCUUCAUAAAUGGCCAGUAGAACCUUUCUCAUGCCAGACUGAGGACUCUCUCUGCUCCAACAUGACCCAUGUCAUCAUGAAGAUGUUUCAACGCCAUCUGCUUGUACUGGACUGGUAAGACUAGCUGGCGUCUUUGACUGGUUUUCCGGUACAGGAGUCCAUUGUCAAUGUGUCAUUUUCCCCAUUCAUGCAUCAGUUUCUUGGUAGCGGCACUUACUCCUCGUCUUGCCUCACUGGUAAGUAUCCUGUUUGUUUCUUUUAGUCUCAUUAGUUCUCCAAUAGCUUGAUCGUCUCUUUGGGAUUUUUCUAGCUCACCAUGGUCGAUAGUUGGCAGGGGUCCAUGAGUGUACUGUUCCUCUACAUGGUCUUGUGACAGGUGCAAGGCUGCGACCCAUGCUACAUCUUUUCCCUGUGCUGCCUGACUCCCUUGCCAUGUUGCACGAACAGCUUCACCUGACAACUCUUCUGUACAAUGAGCUACAUACUGGUCUAUGUCAAGGGGAAAACGGGAUAGCGUGUCUGCGUCUAUAUUGACUUUGCCUGGUCUGUACUUGAUGUCGAACCUAAAGUCUGACAGUUGCCCAACCCAUCUGUGGCCUACUGCAUUUAGCUUGGCUGUGCUGAUGACGUACAGUACCAGCAAAAGUCUGGACACACCUACUCAUUCAGGAGUUUUUCUGAAUUUUUACAUUGUAGAAUAAUAGUGAAGACAUCAAAACUAUGAAAUAACACAUAUUGUAGUAACCAAAAAAGUGUUAAACAAAUUAAAAUAUAUUUUAUAUUUGAGAUUCUUCAAAUAGCCACCAUUUGCCUUGAUGACAGCUUUGCACACUCUUGGCAUUCUCUCAACCAGCUUCACCUGGAAUGCUUUUCCAACAGUUUUGAAGGAGUUCCCACAUAUGCUGAGCACUUGUUGGCUGCUUUUCCUUCACUCUGCCAUCCGACUCAUCCCAAACCAUCUCAAUUGGGUUGAGGUCGGGGGACUGUGGAGGCCAGGUCAUCUGAUGCAGCAUUCCAUCACUCUCCUUCUUGGUCAAAUAGCCCUUACACAGCCUGGAGGUGUGUUGGGUCAUUGUCCUGUUGAAAAACAAAUGAUAGUCCCACUAAACCCAAACCAGAUGGGAUGGCAUAUUGCUGCAGAAUGCUGUGGUAGCCAUGCUGGUUAAGUGUGCCUUGAAUUCUAAAUAAAUCACAGACAGUGUCACCAGCAAAGCACCCCCACACCAUAACACCUAUUCCUCCGUGCUUUACAGUUGGAACUACACAUGCGGAGAUCAUCCGUUCACCCACACGCAUUUCACAAAGGCACGGCGGUUUGAACCAAAAAUCUCCAAUUUGGACUCCAGACCAAAGGACAAAUUUCCACCAGUCUAAUGUCCAUUGCUCGUGUUUCUUGGCCCAAGCAGGUCUCUUCUUCUUAUUGGUGUCCUUUAGUAGUGGUUUCUUUGCAGCAAUUCGACCAUGAAGGCCUGAUUCACACAGGCCCCUCUGAACAGUUGAUGUUGAGAUGUGUCUGUUACUUGAACUCUGUGAAGCAUUUAUUUGGGCUGCAAUUUCUGAGGCUGGUAACUCUAAUGAACUUAUCCUCUGCAGCAGAGGUAACUCUGGGUCUUCCAUUCCUGUGGCGGUCCUCAUGACAGCCAGUUUCAUCAUAGCGCAUGAUGUUUUUUGCGACUGCACUUUAAGAAACUUUCAAAGUUCUUGAAAUGUUCCGGAUUGACUGAUCUUCAUGUCUUAAAGUAAUGAUGGACUGUCGUUUGUCUUUGCUUAUUUGAGCUGUUCUUGCCGUAAUAUAUGGACUUGGUCUUUUACCAAAUAGGGCUAUCUUCUGUAUACCCCCCCUACCUUUUCACAACACAACUGAUUGACUCAAACGCAUUAAGAAGGAAAGAAAUUCCACAAAGUAACUUUUAAUAAGGCACACCUGUUAAUUGAAAUGCAUUCCAGGUGACUACCUCCUGAAGCUGGUUGCGAGAAUGCCAAGAGUGUGCAAAGCUGUCAUGAAGGCAAAGGGUGGCUAUUUGAAGAAUCUCAAAAUAUAUAUAUAUUUUGAUUUGUUUAACAGUUAUUUGGUUACUACAUGAUUCCAUAUGUGUUAUUUCAUAGUUUUGAUGUCUUCACUAUAAUUAUACAAUGUAAAAAAUUGUACAAAUAAAGAAAAACCCUUGAAAGAUAAACUUUUCACACACAGCCACUUCAAGGCAUGAAACUCGAGUUUGCCAGAGUGAAGGUUGUAAUUCUUCUCGGCUGGUGAGAGGGUUCUUGAUCCAUACCCAACGACCCUCAGCUUCCCGUUUUGACAUUGGUAAAGGACAGCUCCAAGCCCCUGUUCUGAGGCAUCAGCGUGGAGCGUGAAGGGCAAGUCAAAGUCGGGGUAGGCUAAGACAGGCGGACUGGCUAACGUGUCGAUCAGUCUCCCAGGGGUGCUGUGGUGUGCCUCGGUCCAUUCCACUGGUGUCCUGGAUGACAACUGAGCACCUUUUCCUUUCUCUUUCCGCAGUUUCCCUGAUGGCACUACGGCUGUACCAUUUUUCACUUGGAGUAGUUCGUAGAUUGGCUGCGCGAUUCUUGAGAAGUCCUGUAUGUAAGUGCGGUAGUAAAUUAAGAAUCCGAGUAGUUUGCGAACAUCCCCAACAGUACCGGACUUUUUGUCUCUCAAGGCAAAGACGGGUUCCAGGUCCUUAGGGUCGAUCUGAACUCCAUCUGCAGAGACCAGACGUCCCACAUACCUGACUUCUCUCCGGAACAGUUCACACUUAGUUAGUCUCAGCUUCACUCCGUGGCAUUGAAGGGCUUUCAGUACUCUUCGGAGUCCUUCUACGUGCUUUUUGAAUGACUUUACGUAGCAGAGGACAUCAUCCAGGUAAUGCAACAUUAGUCUCGCAGGGUAUCUAGCAUCUCCUCCAUGCUCCUCUGGAACGCUGCAGGGGCAUUUGAUAAACCAAACGGGAUUCUCAGCCAUUCAUACAGACCCCAAGGGGUGAUGAACACGGUCAAGUGUUGUGAUCCUUCAGCCAUGAACCCUUGGUGGUAAGCUUUGCCUUGGUCCAGGAUUGAGAACCAGCUAUAACCGCCUAGAGUGUCCAUGAGGUCCUGAAUCCGAGGCAGUGGGUGCCUAUCUGGUACAGUCUUCUGGUUCAGCAACCUGUAAUCGAUGCAUAGUCUGAGUGUCCCAUCUUUCUUGCGGAUGCAUAUGACCAGUGUAGGGUAAGGCGACUUGGACUUGACGAUCCACCGUUUAGCCAGCAGGGCUUGGAAGUAUUCUUUCACCUCCUUGUAGAGCGGCUUCGGGACAGAGGUGUAUGUUCUCUGGACAGGGAUGUCACCCUUAAGGUUGAUGGUCAUCUGUAAGCUCGGGAUACAUCCAAUGUCGUCAUCAUCACGGGCGAAUGCAGCACAUUCCUCAUAGAGCAUCUGUCUCACCAUCUUCUGUUGUUCCUCCUCGAGGUGGCUGACGUCAACUGGGGGGUGGCAUAAAGCUGCUGCGUCACCUCCAUCACUUUUUGGUUUCCUGCAGAGUCCACACUGUUGACUCCCAGGCCUGGUUUCCUCUGAUGGUCUGGUUGGUCUGUUUCAACUAUUUUUGCUAUGGGAUGGAUGAUGCCGAUGGCUGUUUUCCGAGGCAGGGUAACGUCAUGCUUGGUGUUGUUUCCGAUAGGAAUUUCAACGUAAGGGUUCUUGGUUUUGUAGAUCUCAAUCAGUCCCUCACCAACAUCCGUCUGCUCCAGCUGUGCGCUCACUUCGUUUGGUUCAAACAGAACCACUUGGUUGGAUGAACCAAAACUGACUGGCACCUUACACUUGACAUGAGCGACUUGGCCUGGGCGGAUGACAACAUCCUGGAACCCUACUUUCACCUCAGCAUGUUCAUCGUCAGUGUUUUGGGUCUGUAUGAAACGUACUAUUGCAUUAGCUUGUUCUCCCUGGAUCUCCAGAGCUGCACCGAGCAGGCUGGCUAUUGUAAGUAGCACCUGUGUUCCACAACGUUGUCCCUUUAUCAGCUCUUGGAUGACAUUGAAUCCUAGGAGUGGUCUCUCUAGUGUCAUGUGACUAACCAGAAACGGUACAUGUAUUGACAGAUCUGGAUAACCGUUUUUUUGGGGGGGUAGAUCAGCUUUAAUAUUGUAGAUAGAUUGUAUCUUCCAUCAAUGUAAUUGUCUGCAUCACUUCCAAUCCCCCAUAUGUUUUUUUUUCUCGCAAAUAUCUAUCUAUAUAUCCUUAAAAAAUAUAUAUUUCCCUUCGCAACCCCACCACCCCUUCCCUAAUUGGAGUAAACUAGUGAACAACAACGCUUAGGCCUCUACUUACAGCUUAUACAUACUAUAUACAUUUUAUGGACACAGUCAAUUUUACAAUAAUUCUAUUUUGUUUGUUUUUACUCCUGAACUUCCUCUACCCUCAACCUCUCCGAUCAUUUUCAUGAUGUCCAUCCGGUUUGCUUCUAUAUGCCAUAUCUUUCUAACUGUGCUCUUUCACAAAAGCUCUCAACCUGUAACCUAUAUACUUAUUAUGGACACAGUAUGCUUUACAUUAGUUAUCUUGUUGUUAUUAGUUGUUGUUAGUUGUUAUUAGUCCCAUCCUUCAGCUCCAUUCAACACCUCCCAUCUAUCUCUUAACACCAUCCAUAUUGGAUUUCUAUUUGCCAUAUAUUUUUAAACUCUACUGUGAUGUUUCACACAUUUUCUGAACCCUUCUAUUCUCAUUGUUUCUACAGAUUGUAAAUAUAUAUAUAUUUUUUUUUUCUAAAAGUAUUAUUAGAUUAUUGAUCGAUUGACUAUGACUUUUCAGAUCACCCAGCAGUGCUAUCUGCAGGGUUAGCUCCAGGUAAAUAUUGCAAUUCUUCAGCCAUUCCUGGACCUGUGACCAAAAACAAGCUACAAAUGGACAGUACCAAAACAAAUGAUCUAAUGAUUCUGUCUCUUUGCAGCAAAAUCUGCAGAGCUGGGAAGAUUGUAUCCCCCAUAUAAAUAACAUUAUAUUGGUAGCAAGAAUUUGUAUAAUAAGUUUUGAAUCCGGCGUCAUUUUGCAUAUCAGUUCAUAAACACUAUGCCAUGGCAUCGGUACGUCAAAAAUCUCUUCCCAACUAUUUUGCCAAUCCUUUGGUCCUUAAAUGAAACUGGUAUACCUUUUUAUUUAUCACCAUUUUCUUUAACCAAUUAUGUUCUUUAAUGCAGGGCCGACAGACAAGUUCCUUACUUUUUCCCCCUUCCACUUUCCUCUUCCAUAUUUGCGGUAAUGCUGCAAUUAUUUGGUUGUAAUUUUGGGUAGAGCAGAAAUGUCCAUAUGUUUUUGUUAGCUGCAUGUGCGACAUAACUCCACCAGUCCUACCUAUGAUAUAAUUUACGAAGAUUAUACCUUUAAAAAAAAUAUCUAUUAGUAUAUUUGAGUUUAACUACAAUAUUUGUUGCAUUAUUUGUUCUGUCGUUUCUGGAGGAUUACAUUGAAAUUGUAACCAACUUUCUAUGGCUUGUUUUAGAAAUAGUGCUAUCUGGGAGAUUAUUUCCUUUUCAAAUAACUGAAAGUGAGAGGUUGUAAUCUGAAUAAAGGGAAAAAGGCCAUUCUUGAACAUGGGGUGAGAUGGGGUGAGAUCUUACUAAUUUGCUAGAGAACCAGCUUUUAGUGAUAGGUCUAAUGCUUUAAUAUUUAAUAAUUUCCUCCGAAUGCAUAUUCAAUAUAUAAAUAGGCCCGUUUAAUUUUGUCUGGCUUGUCGUUCCAAAUUAAAUAGAAUAUUUUUUUCUCAUAUAAUUUAAAAAACUGUUCGCUAGGGGCUUUGUUCCCAUGAGUUCGGUCAGCGGUCUGACUCUUUGAUCAGGUAAGUAUUUGUCCUUCCAUUUGUGGUCCAGAAUACUCACUUGCGCACCCGUGUCUAGUAGAACGAUUACAGAAUAGCCAUUCAUGUAACACUUGAGUAUGCAUUUUUUUCCAACUUGCUGGGCUACUUUAUCUUGUGUUGGCUGACUGGUAUGUGAUGAAACUGCGCAGUUGACUUGAUCUUGAUUGGGCGUGUGAACCGCAUCAGGCUGGGACUGUUGGUUUAGGCUGGUCACUGGCUGUCCCCCUGCAAUGACCAGACCCCGUUUCCCAAACGCUUCAGUUUUUUCAGACAACCCACGGCUAGGUGUCUCCCUCUUCUCCACAUAAAAGCAAUGGUGGCAGUCCGUUGCGCCUCUCUCUACACAUCUUGAACAGCCAUAUGGUCUCUCGCUUCUUUGGAACGCUGGCUUACUGGAAGUACAUUGACAAGAGUGUUCUGGUGUUUUGGGCUGCUUUACGGAUUCAAUAACAUUUGUUAGGGCCUCGACUUGAGCACUCAGUUGCUGGAUAGUUUUGUUUUUGCUCUUUAGCUCAGUAUUUUGCUCAACUUUGACUUCAUCAGCUUCGAGCUGGGCGCUGUGGGCGUGUCGUCUUGUGACAGGAAAUUUGGCCCAAUCUACGCUGUCUCUCACUUUCAUCGCUUGUUAUUUUGAUUACAUGCCUUAGCAAUGCUUCAUCAGAUACAGUGUUAUCAGAGAGGAGGGGUCUCAACUCCCUUCUGAUGUCGCUGUGUUUUGUACCUAAGCCCUGAUACACUGUGUGUAGGUACCCGUUUUGGACCGUAUGAUUGUCAUACUUGACGUCUGAGUGAACCUGUUUAGACAUAAACAGAACCUAUUGCUUCAGUCCUACCAUUCUGUAUAGGAACUGCUGAGGUGUCUCGUGUUUGUGUUGCUUCAUGCACAUCAGUUCCUGGAAGAGUUCAGUGCUGCUCUUUUCUCCUAAGUGAGACUGGAGGAAACUUUUCAGCACUGCAACACCCAUUUCAUCCUUACUUAUUAGCAUGUCUUUAAAGUGUCCUGGUUUGAUGAUGCGGAAGACGGCUCUGAUGAUUUCAGCUUCAUUGUGUUCUUCGUUUAACCCCUCUUCUAUUUGUCUACAUACGCUGUUAUAACUAAUGUCAAAUGUGUUGUCCCCUAUUUGACCCUCAUUUAUUUUAAGUCCCCUGCGCUGCAGAUAUGGUAGGUCUCUGAUGGCGACCACGCUAUCAGCUGUGAGAUGUGUCAUGUGUUCAGUGCUGCAAGAGCUCUGAUAGGUUGAAGGGCGUCCUACGGAAGUUGUCAUAAUUACUGUGUAAGUCUAUGGAAGGGGGUGAGAACAACGAGCCUCCUAGGUUUUGUAUUGAAGUCAAUGUACCCAGAGGAGGACGGAAACUAGCUGUCCUCCGGCUACACAAUAGCGCUACUUUACAGAGUGCUGUUGAGGCUACUGUAGCCCUUCAUUGCAAAACAGUGUGUUUUAAUCAAUGAUUUGGUGACUUUAAUAUAUUUAGUAUAGUUUUAUUUAAAAAGGAUAACUUUUUUUAUGUUUCACUAUUACAUCUUUCUGAAAUUCACUGAGGAUGGCCCUCCCCUUCCUCCUCUGAGGAGCCUCCACCGGCUUAGACAUUGCUGACGCCUGACAGAUCUUACAACGCCUGGAUAGGUAUUUUAAGUAUGUAUCAGCUAACCAUAUCAUAUGUUAUAGCAAUUUGUCAGUCGAUGACACAGUCGAUGAUGUGGAACACAAUCAUUGGCCUUGUUCGAGAGCAUCAAAUCCAUGAUGCAUUGUGAGUAAAUGGUGACUGACUGAUCUACAAAUAAUGAGUAGUUAUUUAUGAUCAAGGUAUUUAUGGUCGGCAGCCGCCUGCACUGUCGGCUGCAAUGUCGGCUGCAAUGUCGAACAAGCACAUUGGUUGUUGCGUCGCCUCGCCGUGUAAAUCAUUGUGUGGAACGCGCCCAUUAUAUUACCUGUUAGCUAACUAGCUAGUAGCUACCUUUUUUCAGGGGUCUUUCCCAAAUAUUCUUACAAAGUGGGUGGUGCCUUCACCCCUUGACUUUUUCCACAUUUUGUUGUGUUACAAAUUGGGAUAAAAAUGUAUGUAAUUGUCUUUUUUUUUUACGAUCUACACAAAAUACUUUAAAUGUCAAAGUGGAUGAAAAAUUCUAACAUUCUUUUAAGAUGAUUGAAAAGUAAAACACUUAAUAUAUCUUAAUUAGAUACAGUUGAAGUCAGAGGUUUACAUACACCUUAGCCAAAUACAUUUAAACUCAGUUUUUCACAAUUCCUGACAUUCAAUCCUAGUAAAAAUGAAUUAGGUCAGAUAGGAUCACCACUUUCUUUUAAGUGGUCAGAAUAAUAGUAGAGAGAAUUAUUUAUUUCAGCUUUUAUUUAUUUCAUCACAUUCCCAGUGGGUCAGAAGUUUACAUACACUCAAUUAGUAUUUGGUAGCAUUGCCUUUAAAUUGUUUAACUUGGGUCAAACAUUUCGGGUAGCCUUCCACAAGCUUCCCACAAUAAGUUGGGUGAAUUUUGGCCCAUUCCUCCUGACAGAGUUGGUGUCCCAACUCUGUCAGGUUUGUAGGCCUCCUUGCUCGCACAUGCUUUUUCAGUUCUGCCCACACAUUUUCUAUAGGAUUGAGGUCAGGGCUUUGUGAUGGCCACUCCAAUACCUUGACUUUGUUGUCCUUAAGCCAUUUUGCCACAACUUUGGAAGUAUGCUUGGGGUCAUUGUCCAUUUGGAAGACCCAUUUGCGACCAAGCUUUAACUUUCUGACUGAUGUCUUGAGAUGUUGCUUCAAUAUAUCCACAUAAUUUUCCUUCCUCAUGAUGCCAUCUAUUUUGUGAAGUGCACCAGUCCCUCCUGCAGCAAAGUACCCCCAAAGCAUGAUGCUGCCACCCCCGUGCUUCACGGUUGGGAUGGUGUUCUUCGGCUUGCAAGUAACCCCCUUUUUCCUCCAAACAUAACGAUGGUCAUUAUGGCCAAACAGUUAUAUUUUUGUUUCAUCAGACCAGAGGUCAUUUCUUCAAAAAGUACGAUCUUUGUCCCCAUGUGCAGUUGCAAACCGUAGUCUGGCUUUUUUAUGGCGGUUUUGGAGCAGUGGCUUCUUCCUUGCUGAGCAGCCUUUCAGGUUAUGUCGAUAUAGGACUCGUUUUACUGUGGAUAUAGAUACUUUUGUACCUGAUUUCUCCAGCAUCUUCACAAGGUCCUUUGCUGUUGUUCUGGGAUUGAUUUGCACUUUUCGCACCAAAGUACGUUCAUCUCUACGAGACAGAAUGCGUCUCCUUCCUGAGCGGUAUGAUGGUGUUUAUACUUGCGUUCUAGUGUUUGUACAGAUGAACGUGGUACCUUCAGGCAUUUGGACAUUUCUGGUUGAUCCUUGGGAGAAAGGUCUACCAUUUUUUUCUGAGGUCUUGACUGAUUUCUUUUGAUUUUCCCAUGAUGUCAAGCAAAGAGGCACUGAGUUUGAAGGUAGGCCUUGAAAUACAUCCACAGGUACACCUCCAAUUGACUCAAUUGAUGUCAAUUAGCCUAUCAGAAGCUUCUAAAGCCAUGACAUCAUUUUCUGGAAUUUUCCAAGCUGUUUAAAGGCACAGUCAACUUAGUGUAUGUAAACUUCUGACCCACUGGAAUUGUGAAUUGUGGCCAGCAACCCUGUGGAACACUUUCGACAUCUUGUAGAGUUCAUGCUCUGUCGAAUUGAGGAUGUUCUUAGGGCAAAAGGGGUGGGUGCAACUUAAUAUUAGGACGAUGUUCCUAAUGUUUGGUAUACUGAGUGUAUUUUGUGUCAAUAAAGAACCUGAUUGUCAACUGGGCUUUGUUUGUCACGCCGUAGCAAUUUUGUGUCAUUUUACAAGGACAUACAGUGCAUUCGGAAAGUAUUCAGACACCUUCACGUUUUCCACAUUGUGUUACGUUACAGCCUUUUUCUAAAAUGGAUUUUUUAAAAACUAUUUCCUCAUCAACCUACACACAAUACCCCAUAAUAACAAAGUGAAAACAGGUUUUUAGAAAUGUUUAGAAAUGUAUUAAAAAUACAAAAACAGAAAUACCAUAUUUACAUAAGUAUUCAGACCCUUUGCUAUGAGACUCGAAAUUGAGCUCAGGUGCAUCCUGUAACUAGGCCACUCAGGAACAUUCAAUUUGUUCUAGCUAAUUACCUAGUAAAUACAAAGUUAUUACCCGGUUAUUACCGAGAUGGAAUGUAAAGUGGCACCAAAUUUACAGUGUAAACUUGAGUCCACUGUCAAAACCCCAAGCCUAUUUUAUAUAUUUCACAUGUGCUCUUAUUUGACAUGUCUGUUUUGAAACAGUAUGGAUUUCUGGUGUCCUCGUUCAAAAGUUGUUGCCUGCUGCUAUGCAAAAUGAGAUUGAUUGUGUUUAUAGUCUAUUGUGUGUUGCUAACCUGGGAUCUCUUCUGGACUACAGGCAAACUCUCUCUGGAGGAGUUCAUCAAAGGUGCCAAGAGUGACCCUUCCAUCGUCCGGCUCCUGCAAUCUGACCAGGGAACCUCUCGCCAGUUC